UCGUUUGUAAUAUGGCUUGCACUGCGCCGCUUCAUGACGAUUUCUUCUCUAUCGGCCAUCCCAGGGCCACCAAUCGCUUCCUGGUGGAAAGGAAACUUUUCUCAAGUGUUUAAUAGACUGUCAGGCUGGGAAUUCCAUCGCCAUCUACUCGAGACAUAUGGAGGCGUAGUCAGACUGAAAAUGUUAUUAGGGGACGAGCAGCUCUACGUGACAGACCCGCUCGCUCUGCAUCACAUAAUCAUCAGGGACCAGUAUAUUUAUGAAGAAACAGCCAUGUUCCUGACGUCCAAUAUGCUCUACUUCGGAAAGAGCCUUCUAUCAACACCUGGCGAUCAGCACAAAAAGCAACGGAAGAUUCUCAACCCCAUUUUCUCUCUUAAACACAUGCGUGGACUCCUGCAAAUCUUCUACCCUAUUGCACACCAGCUCCGAGAUAUCUUAAUUAAUGAAAUUCGAGAUAGCAAGGAAACUAUCGAUGUCAUGAAGUGGAUGUCCCGUGCUGCCUUGGAAUACAUUGGCCAAGGUGGGCUCGGGUAUUCGUUUGACGCUUUUGACGAGAAGAAAGGGAAUAAUUACAGCGAUGCCAUGAAGCAGCUAAGCCCCAUUAAUGCACGCCUCUUUCUCCCUCGACAGUUACUCCCACAUGCCGUUAAAGUCGGCACACCCGCGUUCCGUAGAAAACUGCUCGAGUGGGCGCCUUUUGAUCUCGUCAGAACGGCAACGAAGAUCUCGGAUGCCGUGACUAAAUGUGCAAGCGAUAUUUUGCAUGACAAACUACAGGGUAAGGAAGAGGAGGAUGUCGUCGUGCCACAGGUCGGGAAAGGAAAUGAUAUCAUGAGCGUCCUUUUGCGUGCAAAUGCAGACACCAAUGAAGAAGAUCGUAUGCCUGAAUCAGAGAUCCUCGGCCACAUGGGAUCCUUCAUAUUUGCUGGGCACGAUACGACUACAAUUGCCAUUUGUCGUAUCCUUCACCAGCUGGCUCUGCAUCCAGAUAUGCAGGACAGACUUCGUGAGGAAGUCAGUGCUACGAGGAAGGAGCGUGGAGACUUGGAGUAUGAUGUCCUGAUGAGCUUACCCUGCUUAGACGCUGUGUGUCGAGAAACAUUACGUCUAUUCCCGCCCGUUCCGCAGCUAAAUCGCACGACCAGGAAAGAUGUCGUUCUUCCCCUCCUGUGGCCAAUAAAAUCUGUGGAUGGGAAGACAGAAAUCAAGGAGAUUCCGUUGAAGAAGAACACGAACGUCAUCAUUUCUAUUGUCGGAGCAAACACCAAUAAACGCAUUUGGGGAGAGGAUGCGGAGGAAUGGAAGCCUGAUCGAUGGCUGAAGCCACUGCCGGAAAGUGGGACUAAAGUACGAUUGCCAGGGAUAUACUCAUCAACAAUGACAUUCCUUGGAGGUGGCAGAGCAUGCAUCGGAUUCAAAUUCGCGGAAAUGGAGAUUAAGACAUCACUGUCCAUUCUUCUCGAAACAUUUAUUUUUGAACCCGGUCCGGAUAUCUUCUGGGCUAUGAAUUUCUUGCAAUCUCCAGUACUUAACAACUCAGACGAUAUGGUGACACAACAGCUGCCUUUGAAGGUGUCGUUGGUCGAAAGGCAUACAUCGGCGAGGGUAUGAAGGGUUGCAGAAUGGAGAGAUGCAGGCGGACAUUGGCGAGUCGUUAGUUCCCGAAAUUGAGGUAGUGAGAGCUGAGCUAAAGUGAGUUAGUGCUAAAGUUUCUUUCUAUUUUCGUGUACAAAAAAAUACCUG